UAAAACACAAUGGGCAUUCGAUUGGAAGCUGAACUAUAUGUUAACAGCUCCAGCAAAACUUACCUCUGAAAUUUCAUGGCAACCUUUCUUCAGAAAUCAUUUCUGGCAAAAUCUCAAUAUUCCUUCUUUUUGUUUCAAUAUGAUGCUCCAUCUUCUAUUUUCUUCUCAGUAUUCUUCUACCCCAACCCUUAAUUGUUAUUCAGCAAAGUAUCUGCAUUUACUUCCCACCAGCCACUUGAGAACACAGAAUCGUUACAUUUCUAUGCUCCAAAUUUGCUCAAUUCUCAAUGCUUGUAAGAACCUUCGAACUCUCAAGCAAGUCCAUGCAUCCUUAACGGUUUCAUACGGCCAUAGUCUCAGUGCUGUUAUUGUUUCCAAGUUGACGCCUCUAUAUGUAAAGUUUGAUGAUAUUCACAACUCUGUUUCGCUUCUCAGCUCUUUACAAAAACCUUGUACGUAUCACUGGAACUGGUUGUUAAAGGCCUGUGUUGAUUUGGGACUGGCUGAACCUGCGUUUUAUGUUUACAAUCAAAUGAGAGAAAAGGGUGUCUUGCAUGAUAGUUAUACGUUUCCAAUAAUAAACAGGGCCGUGGCGUUGAGUUUUGGUAAUUAUUGGUAUGGGAAAUUGAUUCAUUGUUUGGCUUUUAAAAUGGGUUAUGAUUUGGAUGUUUAUUUCUGCAAUACAUUGAUUGAGAGUUAUACAAAGAGUGGGGGGCUUGUUGACGCUUUUCAGGUGUUUGAAGAAAUGCCUCAAAGAGAUUUGGUUUCUUGGACUUCGAUGAUUUCUGGGUUUGUUUCUGAAGGUGAUGGUGUUGAAGCAUUUAGAUUGUUCAGAGAGAUGCAGAAAGAGAUCCACCCCAAUUCAGUGACGAUGAUAGUGCUUUUGAAAUCUUGCUUAAGCUUUGUUGAAUUUAUACAGGUUCAUUGUUGUGUUAUAAAAAAUGGACUCUUGGUUGACCUGUCUAUUAAGAAUUCCAUUUUGAAGAAUUAUUCUAGUUUUUUUAGUGUCAAUGAAGCAGAGGCUCUUUUUGGUGAAAUUGAGAGCCCAGAUGUUGUUGCUUGGAACAUUAUGAUUUCCUUGUAUUCCUCUAGAGGAGAGAUUGUGAGAAUGAUAGAUUGUUUUCAUAAAAUGUGGGCUGAAGUGGAACCCAGCGUUGAGACUUUAACUACAAUGAUUUCUGGGCUUGCAAAUGGUGGGAAUCUUUCCCAAGGUUGUGAAAUACAUUGUUUUUCUCUAAAAAGUGGACUCAUGGAUGGUAUCUUGAAAAGUUCUUUGUUGAAUUUUUAUGCCAAGUGUUGUGAGCUGGAGAGAUCAAUUAAGUUAUUCAAUGAGAUAACUUGCAAAAACUGUAUAGUUUGGAGUGCUAUGAUGACUGGUUUCAUAGAAAAUGGGCAUUUUGAAGAGGCUGUUGAAUUAUUCCUGAAAAUUUUAGUUGCUGGAGACAAACCUGUUUAUGAAAACCUAGAGAACCUUGUUAUUGCUUAUACUAGCAUGGGCGCUUUGCAACUGGGCAAAGGAGUUCAUGGAUACCUUGUGCGGAAUUUGUUUUAUACAUUUGAUGGGGGAAAUUCUCUAAUGACCUCAAUCUUGAACAUGUAUAUAAAAUGUGGUAACAUCUCCACUGCAAGAACUUGUUUUGAUAGAAUGGUAUCAAGAGAUGUUGUAAUGUGGACAUCAAUGAUAGAGGGCUAUGGAACCCAUGGACUUGGUUCUGAAGCUCUGCUUUUGUUCCAUGACAUGGUAGAGGAAGGAACUAAUCCGAAUAGUAUAACUUUUUUAAGCUUAUUGUCUGCUUGUAGUCACUCUGGCCUUUUGACAGAAGGUUGUGAAAUCCUUCACUCUAUGAAAACAAGGUUCAAUGUUGAACCUGAUUUGAAUCAUUACACUUGUGUUGUUGAUCUACUGGGGCGGUCAGGCAAGGUCAAAGAGGCCUUAACUAUGAUACUGAAACUGGUAGUUUUACCGGACAGCAAGAUCUGGGGGGCUCUCCUUUCUGCUUCCCAAGUGCAUAACUAUCAGAAAGUUGCAGAAUAUGCUUGUUGCAGACUCAUGGAAAUGGAUCCUGAUAAUGCUGGUUACUACACUCUGUAUAGCAAUGUUCAAGCUAGUGCUGAAAGGUGGGAUGAAGUUGAAGACAUAAGAAGUGCUAUGAAAGAGAAGUUUUUAGUAAAGAAGCCAGGGUGGAGCUGCAUAGAAGCUGGAGGAUUGCUCCAUGGUUUUGUUUCAGGUGAUAGAUCACAUCCUCAAAUGGAGGAAAUACAUGAAGUGCUAAUGUCUUUUAAGUAGAAAAAUCAAGCUUGUCUCUGAACAACCAUCAUGAACAUGGCUAUCUGAGUAUCUGUCAUCCAAUGGAGUCCUGGCAUCUAGCAUAUGCUGCAUCUCAUGGGUUUUCUUGUAACUAUAGAUCCACCAUGCAGGUUGACAUUCUAUGACUAAGAGUCACUAGGUACUGAUUAUGAAAAUCAUCAGACAGAAUCUAUUUGCAAGAUCGAGUUUGCCAUUAUUGGAGAUUGAUGGGCGUUGAAGAGAAAGAAAUGAGUAAUAUAAUGGACACGAGUGCUUUCCGGGGUGGAUUUGCAGUUUCUUUGAACACAUGAUCAUCUGGGUGAUGAUUGUAGUUCCUAUAUGUAUGAACAAUACCCUGUCUGCCAUUUAUGACUAUGGUCUGAUAUGCACCUUUCAUAAAAGGUGUGUGCCAAUUUCAACAUAUCCAUGGUCACAUGAUCGUUUGCAUGCCAACUAUCUAUAUUCUCAAUAUAGAAGUUGUGAAGAAGGUUGUUUGCUUGAACUCUUGAAGAUCUCAUAGUGGAGGCUGACAUAUUCGACGACUUCUGGCAAGCUUUGUUCUCUAAAUGGAUGUGGAAACUAUCAAUUGUCCAAUUAGUGUUUUAUAGUGCAUUAUUCAAAAGCAAAUCUUCCCAUCCCCAGAACCAAUGAAGUGUGAGGGUUUUCAAAACAAGCAGAAAAACAAUAUACCAUUGUUGGUUCAGCAGCUCGAAGUUGAUCUCAAUAAAAUGUCAGGGUUUGAUUAUUCAAGAAUCAAGAUGAAGAACUCAUCAUAUCUAGAAUAAGAGAUUUCGCUCCAUAGUUUCAUAGGGAUGUAUGCCCUGUUUCAUUUUCCAGAAGAUGAUUGAAGGAAAACUGAACCAGUCUUUGAAAGUUUAUUGUCCCACCAGAUAUCAACUGUUUGGUUGAUUAUUUGAUAAUCAAAUUUUCUUUCUCCUGUAUGCAGAUGUCUAUAUAUGUUAUAUCUUUCUAGCCAAUUUAUCCCUCAGUGUCAAUCUGUGAGUGAUAGAAUCUGUUGUUUCAGAGAGAAGAAUAGACAGCUAAAUUUUUGUCCUCAUAAUUUUGAAACAAAUUUGUAAUAUAUAAUAAUUUCUUCAUCCUAUAAAGAAAACAAAAUUCAUGUCA